AGAUCUACAUGCCUUUGUAUUAACAGAAAAAUCUUGAUUCAUCUUCUCCAAUCUUCCCAUCAUCAAUUCCCUCUCAACCGCCAAAUCCCAAAUCCAGUGAGAGAGAGAGAUUAAUUAACAUCUCCAAUCAAAAUCCUCUCUCACACCAUCAUCGUCCCAUGAAAUGGGCAAACUCUCCGUCAUAAUCUACACCACCGUAGCUCUCCUCCUCCUCCUCCUCAUCUCCCAUUCCCCAAACAACUCCGGCCACCGUACCACCACCCACCGCCGCCACCGCCGUCUCAAACUCCGCUCCAAUCUAUCCGAUCACCACAUCUCAUUCGACCCAUUGGUCGCCAACAUUGAGCGCAAACAACAGGACAAGUUAUGGGACAAGACCCAUUUUUCCGACGAUCAUAAUAACAAUAAUAUUAAUCAGGAACAUGAACCGGCUCCUGGAAUGGAAAUGCAGCCGGAAUGGGAGGAUUUUGUUGGGGCUGAGGAUUACUUGAAUGAUGAACAUAAGUUUAAUAUUAGUCAUAGGUUGGUGUUGUUGUUUCCCAAGAUUGAUGUGGAUCCGGCUGAUGGGUUUGUGAGUGAGCAUGAGUUGACUGAAUGGAAUGUUGAGCAGGCUCAAAGGGAUGUGAUGCAUAGGAGCCAGAAGGAGAUGGAGUUGCAUGAUAAGAACCGUGAUGGGUUGGUUUCUUUUAAGGAGUAUCAAGCUCCCACUUGGGUUCGUGAUUCAGAUAGUAAUUCAUUUGGGUAUGAUAUGGGCUGGUGGAAAGAGGAGCAUUUUAACGCAUCUGACUCUGACGGGGAUGGUUUUCUUAACAUAACCGAAUUCAACGACUUUCAGCAUCCUGCAGACACUAAGAAUCCGAGACUGCUUCAGUGGCUGUGCAAGGAGGAAGUAAGGGAAAGAGAUACCGACAAAGAUGGUCGGGUAAAUUUCAAAGAAUUCUUCCAUGGACUCUUUGACAUGGUAAGGAACUACGAUGAAGAUGCUAAUAAUUCUUCUUCACGUGAAUCUUCCGAUUCAUUGGAAUCUCCCGCAAGAAGCUUUUUUGCCCAACUUGACAAAGAUGGUGACGGAUACUUGUCUGAUGUGGAACUGCUACCUAUCAUCGGAAAGCUUCAUCCAUCAGAGCGUUACUAUGCUAAACAGCAGGCAGAUUAUAUUAUAUCACAGGCUGAUACAGAUAAAGACGGACGAUUAUCAUUGACAGAGAUGAUCGAUAGUCCAUAUGUAUUUUACAGUGCUAUCUUUAACGAGGAUGAAGAUGAAGAUUAUGAAUUCCACGAGGAGUUUCGUUGAUCUGACCGCAAUUCAUUUGGUGUAUGGAUGAUAUUUAUGUCUUUUGUAGUAGCUAGGUUCUAUAGCAAUCUGAUGUCAUUUUUUUUCUAAUUUUUACUUCAGUUUCUGAACCAUAGGUACGAUUAGCGAUAGCAAGCAUUUUUGUCCGUUAAGGAAUAUCUUUGUUGAAUGGGUUGCAAGCGGAAAACAGUGUUUUCAUUUAGGUUUACACCGCGCAUGUUUUAAAUGUUAUAUAGACAGAAUGUUCAUACCCGUCUUAUCGUCA